CUCGACGUGUCAGUCCCGUCAGUCCUGCCGGACCUCAGAACCUCUCAACCCUCCUCGCCGCUAACUCUGCACACAUGGCUCCCAAAGGCAGCAGCAAGCAGCAGUCCGAGGAAGACCUGCUGCUGCAGGACUUCAGCAGGAACCUCUCCGCCAAGUCCACGGCGCUGUUCUACGGGAACGCGCUCAUCGUGUCCGCGCUGCCGAUCUGGCUGUUCUGGAGGAUCUGGCACGUGGACCUGGUCCAGUCUGCGGUUCUGUAUGGCGUAAUGACUCUGGUCAGCACCUACCUGGUUGCUUUCGCCUACAAGAACGUCAAGUUUGUACUCAAACACAAAGUUGCACAGAAACGUGAAGAUGCCGUUUCUAAGGAGGUAACCAGGAAGUUGUCCGAGGCAGACAACCGCAAGAUGUCCCGCAAGGAGAAAGACGAGAGGAUCCUCUGGAAGAAGAAUGAGGUCGCUGACUAUGAGGCCACCACCUUUUCCAUCUUCUACAACAACACGCUCUUCUUGGUCCUCGUCAUCGUCGCCUCCUUCUUCUUGCUGAAGAACUUCAACCCCACUGUCAACUACAUUCUGUCCAUCAGCGCCUCCUCAGGACUCAUCGCUCUGCUCUCCACCGGCUCCAAGUAAAGAGUGGAGGGAUGAGGGUUGUCGGGGUGGGAUUGGAUUUGCGGGCAGGUUAAACAAAUAAUUUUUUUUUACUUAGGUUAGGAAUAGGGUUUACCAGGGGAUUGAAAGGUCGCAUUUCAGCUUCAUGAAAUUCAUGAUCAAAUGUCUGGAAUCUGUUUCUCCAGAUCUGUCUUGUUUUUUUUGUAACGAUUAAAGCAACAGUAUACUUUAUA